AUGUACAUACAUAUGAAUCUAGCUUUGUAUCCAUUGAGACGCCCAUAUCCGAGAAUUGUGUUCUUAACGAUCCAAAAUCGAAGUGGUUUCGGAGUUUAUUCGAUUUAAGGGGGAUUUAUUGCUGAUGGUCGGUAAAAGCUUCAUUGGACUCAAUAUCCCAACCUUAUUUUACAUUUUAUGUAAGUUGGCAUUACUUACUGAUUUUGUGGUAAUGAGAGUGCAGUGCAGUGCAAAACGAGGACAAGUUUUUAACAGCUUUUACCUAAAUGAUGUAGUUACAUUUUCUGAGAAACUGCUUUUGUGCAAUAUUUUUUAACUGUUUUUAGGUGAAAAAUAAAAGGAUACAAAAUGUUAGCAAAACUAUACUACUAUACUUUAAGAAUUCUGUUGCUUUAUGCUACAACAGAUGUAUGCAUAUUUGCUUCAAAUGACCCCUACGCUGCUCUUGGAAUUAAUAGUCUAGCGACUACACAAGAAAUAAGGAAGGCAUACAAACAGAUGGCAAAAGAGUGGCAUCCAGACAAAAAUCAGGUUCCUGGAGCUGAAGAAAAGUUUGUUGAAAUAAAAAAGUCAUAUGAGCUUUUGAGUGAUUCUAAUCGAAGACGAAUCUAUGAUCGACACGGAGUAAUUGAUGAAGACUCUCAUUAUUUGCAACAAAAGCAUGAUUAUAGUGGAUAUGAUCGUUUCGCCUCCGAUCAAGCUGAGGAUAUUUUUGGAAAACAUUUCAUUAUUGAUCAAGACAUUGUUUUAUACCAUAAACUUUCAGUAACAGCAAAUUAUUUCGAGAACACUAUUUUGAUAAAAAGUGCAAAACAAUUACAUAUUAUUAUGUUUUACAAUGACUGGUGUUUCCAAUGUACGCGACUAGUUGGAGCAUUUAAAAAGUUAAUUGAUGUCCUUGAACCUUUAGGUAUUUAUUUUUCAACUAUAAAUGCUGCCCACGAACCGUCAAUUCUUCAAAAAACUGGAGCAAACGAAAUUCCAAAAAUGAUUCUUGUUUUAAAUGGUCAAGUUUUUGUAUAUCGAGACUAUUCUUUUACGCCACAAAAAGUUGUAGAAUUUAUACGAAAAAAAAUGCCGUAUAAGAUAGUUCAGCGCGUAUAUGAUGACAACAUAGAUGUUUUUCUUAAUGGAUGGAUGGACAACAGAGUACGCGUAUUAAUUUUAGAACCCCGGAGUUUAAUUCGGCUACGAUAUCUUCUAACCGCCUUUUCUUUUUAUGAUCGUGUUGCCUUUGGAUUUGUUGACCUGACUAAAAAGAGUUCGCAAUCAAUAAUCGAUAGGUUUAAAGUAAAUCCAAGCUUGGACACGCUUCUUCUAUUUAAUGAAGAUUCUACCAGAUCUAUAGCCAGAAUUUCAUUGCCAGACAUUUCAACUCAAAUAUUGACUAAUAUGAUAACUCCAAAUCAAUUUUUAACUUUACCAAGGUUAUCAUCGCAAGACAUGUUAGAAAGUGUAUGCCCGGCUGAAUGGAACCGACCUAGAAAACGACUGUGCGUAAUUUUGAUUACUGAAAACUCCGAUGAACAUAAUUUGGCAAGGAGUGCAAUGAGAGAAAUUGCAUUACACAGUAGAUACAGUGUGGAGAGAGUUCGAUUUGCAUAUAUGUUUAAGGAAAGACAGCCAAAUUUUAUAAAUGCUUUAUCAAAAGGAUCAUUUGCCAAAAACCUUCUACAAAUUGUUAUUAUUUGGCGUCGUGAUAAUACGCGCGUGAAAUAUGAAUGGGUAUUUGAUGCUAAACAGGAUGCUACACUUAUUUCUACUCUUCCAACUGAAAGCAUAAUAAAUAAAACGAAAAAAGGACUCACUCACAAAAUUCAAAAACUAUUAAAGGCAUCAGAAGCUUUAAGCUACGAAAGCUUUUGUUCAGGUAAUAAAUUGUUGGACGAGCAUUCUCAAGGAAUUUUUAGUAAAUGGAUAACGCACUUACUAUAUUUAGUUGACUAUUUAUCUGAAAAUUUAGAGGACGAGCACCUUUUUGCUGCUUUUUCGCUGUUAGGAACCAUUGGAUUUAUGUUUGGUGUCGGAUAUAUAUUGAUGUACUUCGUUAGAGCUGAAGAGGAACAGCUAAAGGCUCAGGGACAUCUUGCUAAUGUGACAACUUUAUUCUGGAUCAUAGGUGCAUCUCAUCUCAUCUCUUCUCAACAGUUUCAGGCACAGAAGGAAGAGUCAGAUUUUUCGGUGUCUGGACACUAUUGGAUGCUGAGCUACCGCGCCUUCAAGAACCCAGUCGCCCUCGCUGGAGUAAUGGCACCUCUCAUCGAGUCGGGCAUAGUUUCACAGCAACAGCUGAACAACAUGGCUGCCAGAGAAGGAUCUAAAGGAUCUUCAACGGGCGGA